GGCGGCCAUGAGGCGGGCGGGCGGCGGGGCCGAGCUGGCGGCCGAGGCGGCGGUGAGGGCCGUGCUGGCGGCCGCCUUCGCGAUCAUGGAAUUUCUGCCCCCGUUCCAGCGCGUGGUGCAGCCUGAGGAGAUGUGGCUGUACAGGAAUCCCUACGUGGAGGUGGAUCACGUCCCCACAGUUCCCAUGUUUUUCAUCACGUUCCUCUCUCCCUUGUUGCUCAUUGUCCUGGCGAGGUUGUUCAUGAACGCUGACCGAGAGGACACACGGGAAGCCUGCCUAGCUGCCAGCCUUGCUCUCGCCCUGAAUGGAGUUUUCACAAACACUCUGAAGCUCGUUGUGGGGAGGCCACGGCCAGACUUCUUCUACCGGUGCUUCCCAGACGGCCGAGCGAACGCGGAGCUGGUGUGCACAGGGGACCCUGCCACGGUGGCCGAGGGACGCAAGAGCUUCCCCAGCGGUCACGCCUCCUUUGCCUUUGCUGGUCUGUCCUUCUGUGCCCUGUACGGGGCCGGGAAGCUGCGCAGCUUCGUGCCCGCCCGCGGGGGCCGAGCCCUGCGCCUCUCUGCCUUCCUCCUCCCGCUCUUCCUCGCCACCCUCAUCGCCGUGUCCCGCACCUGCGACUACAAGCACCACUGGCAAGAUGUGUUGGUUGGCUCAGGCAUCGGCUUCGUGCUGGCAUACCUGUGCUACAGGCAGUAUUACCCUCCUCUCACGGACUCCAUGUGCCACAAACCCUUUCUGUGCAAAUCCAGACAGCUGCCAGCACACCAAGAAAAGCCUGCAGCUUCCAGCUUCCAGCUAGAUAUAUAGCCACUGGCUCUGUCCUGCCAGCACCUCUCCCCUGCUCCUUCAGUGCACAGGCCAGGGAAGGCUUUGGGGAGGCUGGUCACGGUAUGCAAGAAGUGGCUUAGAAGAAGCUGAGCCUGAAAUCCAAGCAGGCAUCAUCUGCAGUGCUGGUGAGUUGUCCUGCUCUGGGAACUCUGCUGCUUCCUUCCCUGGAUUGUGUAGGUGUCCCUUUGGGAGCACAGCUCAAGGAGCUGAAGCAAGAACUGGAAAGAUGAGAGACUGGUGUGCCCAGUCUGGGAGCCCCAUCCAGCCUCUGCCUUCACACAGGGGUGUGGGUGGGAGUGGGGAGCUGGAGCUGGAGCUGCUGCUGAGCUCACAUCCAUCCUCUGGGUUGCAGCCAAGUUAAUGUGGAGUAGUGAGCGUGAGGAUGGAGCCUUUACCUGUGAGGGGAGGGAAGGUGCCACCAGCACGGCCCUGGUUGGUGUCAGUGUACAAGCCCUGAGGGUUUUUUCUAAGUUGCCAAAUAAAGAAGUUGAUUUUCUCUGGUGAA